GUUUUCAAUUAAAAUAAAUCAGUGAUUUAAAAAACUAAAAAAACGAAAAAAAAACAUCCAAAGUCAUGUCCAUUACGAACAAUAAUUUACAACCAACGAAACAACGUAGAAAAAGACAGCAACAAAAAUCAAAAAAAAAUUUUGUUAACAAAGUGAAAAUGGCACAUUUGAAUCUCAAAUCUCAUCAUAAUCAUACAAGACAACAACAAACAAAUUAUCGUAAUCAAUUAACGCAACAACAACAACAACAACAACAACAAUCAUCACCGCCAUCAUCACCGCCACCACAACAACAGCAAUUAUUAUCAAGACAAUUUGAAAUGCAUCUACGACAGCAGCUACAAAUGGAACAGCAACAAAUUAUGCAACAUUUACAGCUAUCAUCACAUCGUCAAUAUCUACUUAAUUCAUUUCAACCAAUUAUACAGGAAUUUAUGAAAUCAGUACCAAAUGCAUCAAAUUUUAGUCAAGAUGAAUUAUUGGAUCUCUUAUUAGCUAAUAUAACAAAUCAUGCGGCCGCUGCAGCUGCCGUUCAGCAACAUCAGCAACAACAACAACAACAACAACAACAGAAUCAACAAAAUAAAUUCAAUAUUGCUGCUGUUAAUGGUUUAGCGGCCGGAUUAUCAUCUGCAUUAUUAGCUGGAUUAGCUAAUUCACCAAAUUCUUCAGGUUCUUCAUUAACAAAUUCAUCAUCAUCAUCAUCAUCAAUAUUAACAAAUGGUAGAAAUAAUGGUGGCAUGGUCUCAACAACGACAGCAACAACAACACCAACAACAACAACCACAGCAACAACAUUUUCAAAUUCUGGUCAAUUACUUCAACAGGCAACAUCUCAACAACAAUCACAAUCUGUUUAUCCUCAACAUUAUCAGAAUUCUCAUCAUUUACCACCACCACCGCCACCACUACCACCACAACCACUAUCACAACAUUCGAUAUCAUCACCUCAACAACAACAACAACAACAACAAUCGAUUGAAUCAUUGGAACAAUUAAAUCAAGAAUUAACAGUAAUGUUAGCCAAUAGUUGUUUCGGUGGUAAUAUUGGCAAUAGUAUAAUAAAUGAUGCGGUUAUUUCCGCAGCAACGGCAGCAGCAGCAGCAGCAGCGGCAACCAAUACAAAUCAUACAAACAUGAAUGGACGUAGUAAUAGUCCAAUGUUUGUUGGUGAUUCAAAUAUCUAUACUGGAACAUUAUAUCAUCAUAGUAUGUGUAAAUGGCCCGGAUGUGAAACAUAUUGUGAUGAUUUGGCAUUGUUUUUCAAACAUAUUUCCAAUGAACAUGGCCUAGAUGAUCGUAGCACCGCUCAGGCACGUAUACAGAUGCAAGUUGUACAACAAUUAGAAUCACAAUUGAUAAAAGAACGAGAUAUAUUGAUGGCAAUGUUACAACAUCUUUAUGGUAAACAACGAGCAGCAAUGGCAGCUGUUGCCAAUAAUAACAAUAAUAAUAAUAAUAAUAAUAAUAUGGCGGCGGUGACGGCAAAAUCGACACCACCAGCAACAACAACAACAACAACAACAAUAUCAAACAAUAAUCUGAUUGAUGGUGGUGGUAGAAAUGGUGACAAUGAUGAUGAUGAUGAUGAUGAUGAUGAUGAUGAUGAUAUCAAUAUGGCUGCUGCUAAUAAUGGCAAUAUUCAUUCAAAUGAUGAUAAAAUCAAUGUGUUAACAACAUCAUCAACAUCGACAACAUCAUCUUUAUCAGAAAAUUCUUUAAGAAAUGCUGCUGCUGCUGUUGUAGCAGUGGCCAAUAACAGUACUCAUCAAAAUCAACAAUUGUCAUAUAAUAAUAAAUUAAAUAAUGAAAAUUCAUCAAUGACAACAGCCACCACUACUAGUAGUAAUAAUAAUAAUAAUAAUACAAAUCUUCAAAAUGUAUUAAAAUUUCUACAAGAACAUGAAGAAUUGAAUGCAGCAAUAAAUGUUGCAACAAAUGGUUUAGAUAAUAAUCAUAAUAAUCAACAACAACAACAACAACAACAACAAUUAUUGAAUGGUUCAUUAUUAUCAUCAUCAUCAUCAACACAUCAUCAUAAUCAUCGUUUAUCACCGGCUAUUCCAUCAAGGACUUCCACCAUUAAUAAUCAACAUCAUAAUUUGAGUUUAUCAUCACCAAAUUCACGUCAUCAUCAUUCAUCUAGUCAUACACAUUCAUUGUUUAUGAUGAAUCAUAAUCACCAUAAUAAUAAUAAUAAUAAUAAUAACAAUAAAUCACCAUCGUCGCUUGCAUCACCAAAUGGUUCAUGUAAUUCAGAAAAUUUUAUUGAUCUUACACAUAGCGUAUCAUCAUCAUCAUUAUCAUCUAAACAUCAUCGUAAUGCAUCAUCAUCAUCAUCAUCAUCAUCAUCAUUAGCGAUUCGACGAAGAAAUUCUGAUCGUCAUCAUCAAUUAAUGAUGAAUGAUUCUUCAUUAAAUCAUUCAACAACAACAACAACAACAACAAAUAAUAAUAAUCAUAUUCUUAAUCUAUCCGGUGAUAGUAGCAAUAUAACACAACAACAACAACAACAAUCAACAAAUUUAGCAAAAGAUUCAUCAAUAGCAAUGAUGAAAUUAUGUAGUCCAAAUCAUAAUAAUGGUGGUGUUGGUGGUCAAACACCUCCAAUAUUAUCAUCAACAUUGAAAUUGUCAAAUAAUCAUCAUUCAUUGAUUGAUGAUAUUGGUGGUGGUGGACAUCAAACGUUGAAUAACAGCAGCAGUAGUGGCAACAGCAACAACAACAAAUCAAGUAGCAAUAAUAAAAAUCAUAAAAAUGAUUUAUCAUCAUCAUCAUCAUCGACAACAACAACAACAUCGACAACGACGACGGCCACGACGACCACUACCACCGGAAAAACUUCAACAUCAGCAACAACGACAGCGGGAACAGGAAAUAAACAUGGAAAGGUUAAAAAAUUAUGUAAUAAACAUAAUCAUAAUAACAGCAGCAAUCACAAUAAUUAUAAUGGUGAUCUUUGUUUACCUGAAAAUACUCGUCGUCGUAUUGCUGAUCGUAAUAAUAUUGACAUCUCUGAAGAAAUAUCACGUAAUCGACAAUUUUAUCGUACAAAUGAAGUACGGCCACCAUUUACAUAUGCUUCAUUGAUUAGACAGGCCAUACAUGAAUCACCGGAUAAACAGCUUACAUUGAAUGAAAUAUACAAUUGGUUCCAGGAUACAUUUGUCUAUUUUCGUCGUAAUGCAGCCACGUGGAAGAAUGCCGUCCGUCAUAAUCUAAGUCUACAUAAAUGUUUUAUGCGUGUUGAAAAUGUUAAAGGUGCCGUUUGGACUGUAGAUGAAUUAGAAUUCUAUAAACGACGGCCACCUAAAUCGGAAAAAGGAUCUGGAAGUGAUGAAGAAUUCAAUACAUUAUGGGCAAAUGGUCAAUCUGAUCUAAUCAAUCAUCGAACAUCAUCAUCAUCAUCAUUGACCACAGCGAUUAAAAAACCAGGUGCACGUGGUCGUCCAAAACGUACAACACCAACAUCGCUAUCAUCAUCAUCAUCAUCCGCAGCAGCAACAGCAGCAGCGACAAAAACAUUGACCAAAAUUGAUGGUGGAAAAAAUUUAAUAUCCGAUUCGGUUUUGAAUCAACAUCAUCAUCAUCAUCAUCAUCCACAUCCACAUUCCGCAUCAUUUCCAUUUGGUAAUGGAAACAUUUUACAAUCAUCAACGACAUCAUCAACAUCAUCAUCAUCGGCUGCAAUUGCUGGUGCAAUGAAUUCAUUAUCAUCAUCAACUAAUAAUUCAAUGAUGCCAAAUAUUAAUAAUUUAACUGGUUCAUUAUUAAAAACUGGCUCAAUAUCAUCACCAGUAGCUGCAGCAGCAGCAGCAGCAGCAACAACAGCAUCAUCAUCAUCAUAUCAUGAUCCAGUUGCUGCAUCAGCUUUAAAUGCAUCACUUCAGGCAUUAACCGAAUCAGGUUUAUCACCAUUUUUAGCAAAUUUUCCAUUUCCAUCAACAUUAGAUCUCAUUGGUUCUACUGCAGCAGCAGCCGCAGCAGCAGCAGCAGCUUUACAUUUAAAUGAUUCACAGCCAACAAAUUCCAAUAACAAUUGUGGUUCAUUAUCAUCAUCAUCAUCAACAACAACAGCAACAGCAACAACCACACAUCAAGCAUCAAUAUCGAAUGGAAUUAUAUCGUCUUUCAAUAGUCAUGGUGGUAGCGGUCAACAUUCACCAAAUUCAUCCAUAAAUACUAUAAACAAUCGUACAACACCACCAACAACAACAACAACAACUGCUCAAUUGUCUAUGAAUCAUGUAAAUCAGGAAAAACAACGUCAACGUCGUCGUAAAUCAAAUCGGCCAUCAUUAUCAUUAUCAUCGCAUGAAGCAUCAUUCUCGGAUCUAGAUGAUGAUGAUGAUGAUGAUAUUGAUGAUAAUUUUAUUGGACAUGAUAAU